CCGGGUACCAGAUGGGUUCGACUACUAGCUUUACAACCGCAAUGACAUCAACCGGAUUCUGGGUCCCAAAGCCUCCUGCAUUUCCUUCAAGGACUCCGCUUGCCGCUACUUCGGUUACAUGGUCUCUAAGAAGAAGUACAUCUACACUAUUGAUGAUGACUGCUUUGUAGCCAAAGAUCCAUCUGGGAAAGAAAUCAAUGCACUAGAGCAGCACAUCAAGAACUUGUUGUCCCCCGCAACACCAUUUUUCUUCAACACUUUGUAUGAUCCAUACCGAGAUGGUGCAGAUUUUGUCCGCGGUUACCCAUUCAGUCUUCGUGAAGGUGCACCAACAGCUGUUUCACAUGGACUUUGGCUUAAUAUACCUGACUAUGAUGCGCCUACCCAGCUUGUCAAACCUCGCGAAAGAAACAUUGGGUAUGUUGAUGCAGUUUUGACAAUACCAAAAGGCACUCUCUUUCCCAUGUGCGAUAUGAAUUUGGGAUUUGACCGCGGAUUGAUUGGCCCUGCUAUGUAUUUUGGACUCAUGGGUGAUGGCCAGCCCAUCGGACGUUAUGAUGACAUGUGGGUUGGGUGGUGCAUCAAGGUGAUCUGUGACCACUUUGGGUGGGGUGUUAAGACCGGGAUGCCCUACAUCUGGCACAGCAAAGCAAGCAACCCAUUUGUGAACCUCAAGAAGGAAUACAAGGGCAUUUAUUGGCAUGAGUAGAUCAUCCCAUUUUUCCAGUUUGUCACCCUCCCAAAGGACUGCAACACAGUCCAGAAAUGUUACCUUGAGCUCUCCAAACAAGUAAAGGCCAAGCUGGGCAAGGUUGAUGAUUACUUCACCAGUCUAGGAGAUGCCAUGGUUACAUGGAUCGAAGCUUGGGAUGAGCUUAACCCGACCGGUCCUGCCUUGAAGGCUAAGUUGCCCAAUGGAGCCCCCUCCAAUUAAGCAGGCAUCAUACAUGUAUUAGAGAAUUAAUUCCAACUAUGUUCAGUUGGUAAUGUUGAAUUUAUUAUGUUGUGACACUAUCU